AUGUCACUUUGCGCUCGUGGCGCAUUGUCUAGAACUCUGAGGCUCGGCAGCCUCAGGUCCACUUCGAGAUCAUGUUCUCAGCGAUUGACGUAUACGAUAUAUUCACGAUGCGGCGCCGCAACACCCUCAAUAAACAUUAGCUCCCUCGCCGACCGAAAUCGCAACCAGUUUCGCACAUUUUCGUCAUCGCGUCGACUAAAAGAACAAGCCGAUAUCGAGAACCUGACCGAUGUCUUGCCAAUAUGUUGUCCUGGAUGUGGUGCUUUCUCACAAACCAUCGAGCCAGAUGAACCAGGGUACUAUAGUGCAAGCCGGAAGCAGACCCGAAAGCUCCUGGCCUCGAAAAGAGAGGCCAUCGAGCAAAGCAAUGCGGCAGAGGAUGCGACAAGCACAAACACAGAGCAGGGCUGUCUUGGCGAGGAUGCGCAACCUACAGCCCCUAUACCCAUGCAGGGCGGUGCACUGCCAGAUGAUGCCGUUGUACCCGACGACUACUCAUUACAAUCUCCAUCGCGUGUUACCCAUGUCUGCGAUCGCUGCCACGACUUAAUACACCACAACAAGGCAGUUUCUUCCCCCAAGCCUUCCGUCCAUUCAAUCCGAGACUUCAUGAACGAAUCACCUUACAAGAAUAAUCGUGUCUAUCAUAUCUUGGAUGCAGCCGACUUUCCCAUGUCUCUCAUUCCACGCAUCCAUUGGGCAUUAUAUGUUCAAGAGCAGCGUUCUAAAAACCGACGAUCAGCCAACGAAAAGUACCGCGGAGGCAAAAAGAUGCCUACUCUGAGCUUCAUCAUUACACGGUCUGAUCUGCUGGCAGCAACCAAGGAACAGGUAGACUCCAAGAUGGAAUAUGUCCGCGACGUGCUCCGUGAUGCCCUAGGGAAGGCCGGAAGAGAUGUGAGACUAGGCAAUGUGCACAUGAUUAGUGCCCACCGUGGAUGGUGGACCAAGCAAGUCAAAGAAGAGAUUAAAGAGCAUGGGGGAGGUAUCUGGGUAGUGGGGAAAGCAAAUGUGGGAAAGAGCAGCUUUAUCGAGGCCUGCUUUCCUAAAGACUCUCGAACUAUCGAGAAUAUGGCCGAAUGGAUCGAGCGUCAACGGGAGGAGCAAGAGGUUCCUAACCAACGACAGGCUUCUUUGUUGGAUCCCGAUAGUCUGCUUCCCCCGGCUCCCCGAGAGGAAGUGUUUCCGGUGCUCCCAGUGGUGUCGUCCAUGCCGGGAACUACAGUAUCGCCUAUCCGAAUUCCAUUUGGCCGCGGCAAGGGCGAAGUCAUUGACUUGCCUGGUCUCGAACGUGGCGAGCUUGAGGAUUACGUGCGUGAUGAGCACAAGCGUGAUUUGAUCAUGACCAAGCGGGUCAAACCUGAUCGAUGCACCAUCAAGCCCGGCCAGUCUCUUCUCCUUGGUGGUGGUCUUGUGCGUAUCACAGCCGUGAAUCCAGAAGAUACCAUCCUGGCUGCAUGCUUUGUACCCAUCGAAUCGCAUGUCACCAAAACAGAGAAGGCAAUUGAAAUGCAGACUGAGCAGCGACCCUAUGCAGGAACGGUCCUCAUGAACGAAGGCACUGGCAAAACAAUCGCAUCGGCUGGAAAGUUUGACUUGAAGUGGGACACAACUGCAUCGAAUCUGCCCUCUACAAUUGCCAAGGCUGUAAAGGACAGGGGAAUUCCUAUUCCUAGACUCCCGUAUCGCGUGAUGUCGGCCGAUAUCCUCGUUGAAGGCUGCGGCUGGGUCGAAGUCAGCAUUCAAAUCCGCAACAAGCGCAAUCCGGAUACCGAGACGGAGACUUGCCCCCAGAUUGAAGUCUUCACUCCUAACGGGAAGCAUGUCGAUUCUCGACCACCGAUUGAAUGUUGGAAUUUCAUUGCCGAAAAGCUCAAGGCGGACAAACGCAAGAGGCCUCGUCUGAGACACCAAUAUAGUUGA